AUGUCUCUGCAGCCCAUGCUUUGCUGUGAUGGCCAGAACCAUACCUGCACGGUGAAGAAUGGUCUCUGUAGACCCAGAAGGCCUGAAGCCCAGAUGAAUCAAGAAGAGAAGGCUGAGGACCUCAAAGCAGACAUGAGCCAAGAACAAGUUACUCCUAGGCUGUGGACCAUUCACCGAGAUGGAGAAGUCCUUAUGAGGCUAUCAAGACAUGGGCCAGGCCAUGAGAGCCCCAUGACCAUCCCUGAGUUUUUUCGGGAGUCAGUCAACCGAUUUGGGACUUAUCCUGCCCUAGCAUCAAAGAAGGAUGGAAAGUGGGACGUUCUGAACUAUAACCAGUACUAUGAGGCUUGUCGGAAGACUGCGAGAGCCAUGCUCAAGCUGGGCUUGGAGCCUUUCCACUCAGUUGGCAUCCUUGGAUUUAACUCCAUCGAGUGGAUUCUUGCAGCUCUUGGUGCCACCUUCGCAGGGGGCUUCUGUGUUGGUAUUUAUGCCACCAACUCCGCGGAUGCCUGUGAAUAUGUCAUUACUCAUGCCAAAGUGAACAUCCUGCUGGUGGAAAAUGGUGCACAGUUGCAGAAAAUCCUUUCGAUUCCGAGCAACAAGAUGGAGACCCUAAAAGCGAUUGUUCAGUACAAGCCACCGGUGGACGACAGCAAAUGUAAAAACCUGUACUCUUGGGAUGACUUCCUAGAACUUGGCAGUAGCAUUCCUGAUGCCCAGCUGGACCAGAUCAUAAAAAGCCAGAAGGCCAAUCAGUGUGCUGUGAUCAUCUACACUUCCGGGACCACGGGCCAACCCAAGGGGGUGAUGCUCAGUCAUGACAAUAUCACGUGGACGGCGGGGUCAGUGGCGAGGGUCUACAACCUGGCUUAUGCCCCCGAAAAACAGGAGGUGGUGGUCAGCUACCUUCCCCUCAGCCACAUUGCAGCUCAGAUGAUGGACGUCUGGGUGCCCAUAAAGGUCGGGGCUUUCAUCUACUUUGCUGAACCAGACGCUCUCAAGGGCACCUUGGUCAACACCUUGCAAGAGGUAAAGCCUACUGCCUUCCUGGGGGUACCCCGAAUUUGGGAAAAGAUGCAUGAGAAGAUAAAGGAGACUGUUGCCAAGUCUUCAAGCUUGAGGAGAAAGGUGUUUCUGUGGGCAAGGAAUAUUGGCUUCAAGGUCAACUUGAAAAGGAUGCUAGGGGAACAUGACCCUCCCAUGAGCUACCGCAUGGCAAAGGCACUCGUGUUCACCAAAAUCAAGAACUCCCUUGGCCUGGAUCACUGCCGCAUUUUUAUCAGCGGGGCCGCACCCCUCAACAAGGAAACUUCUGAGUUCUUUUUAAGCCUGGACAUACCAAUAGGCGAGGGGUAUGGUAUGAGUGAGAGCUCAGGACCCCACUCCAUAUCCACCCCGGGAAACUACAAGGUUCUAAGUUCUGGCAAAAUUGUGGCAGGGUGCAAGAACAUGCUGUACCAGCCGAGCAAGGAUGGAGUGGGGGAAAUCUGCCUUUGGGGCCGGCAUGUCUUCAUGGGGUACCUAGAGCAGGAAGACGCGACCAUGGAGGCCAUUGACAAGGAGGGCUGGCUCCACUCUGGGGACCUGGGCCGCCUGGACAAUCAGGGCUUCCUCUUUAUCACCGGCCGCAUCAAAGAAAUCAUCAUCACAGCCAGUGGCGAGAACGUGGCCCCCAUUCCCAUCGAGAACCUGGUUAAGGAGACGAUCCCCAUCAUUAGUAACGCCAUGUUGGUGGGCGACAAGGCCAAGUUCCUGAGCAUCCUCCUGACGCUGAAGUGCGAGGUUGACAGAAUGACCGGAGAGCCACUGGACACGCUGAACUGGGAGGCGAUCAAGUUCUGCCGGGAGGUGGGCAGCCAGGCGACCACGGUGUCUGAGAUCUUGGGCCUGCAAGACCCCAUGGUCCACACGGCCAUCCAGAAAGGCAUCAAUGCUGUCAACCAAAAAGCUAUCUCCAACGCACAGAAGAUUCAGAAGUGGGUCAUCUUGGAGAAGGACUUUUCCAUCAGUGGCGGAGAGCUAGGCCCGACAACAAAGAUUAAACGACACUUCGUCCACCAGAAAUACAAAAGGCAGAUCAACAGCUUCUACCAGUGA